GCCCAAUCAACGUUUUGCGAAACGCAACCUCCACAUCGACGACAGAUCCCUUCCCCUCAGUUUCCUACGCGACUCGUUCGUAUCGUAUCGACCAUGCUUACCAUGACGAGGUUACCGUCCGACUCUUUCCUGCCCUCAGGAGGCAUGCUUGAUCAUACCCAACGAUCGAUAUCCUUCGUACCUCAUUCUAACGGCCGUUCCUCAGCGUCAAUCAUAUCUCCGUUAUCUUUACCACACUCCAUAAAUCAACUGUCAUAUAUCGACGAGUCACAUUUAACAAACUUACCACCUUCUAAUUAUUCACAUUCGCUUUCUGUAGCUCCACAGCCUCAGCAGCAGACCCUCUCACCACGCCGAAGUCCUCUAAACAACCCUGAACAGAGAUUGGCUAGCCUGUCACCCACCCAGAAUCUGCCCGAGUCCGGGGUGACGUCCCCACCCGACAACAUGAGUACCGACAAUCUAGUGGACCUGCUGCGACGCAGGGAAGAGCAGAACAAAAAGAUGACCGAGCUGUGGCGUGUUGAGCGUGCCCAACUUGAGGCCAACCGUAAUCGUGCUGAAGAACUUUACCAAGAAGAGCGCACCAUAAUAGAUCGUGAACGAAAUCUGUGGCAACAGGAAAAGGCUAGGCUCCAGAACGAGUUGUUCCAGUGGCAGAAGAGAGUAAAAUUGCUCGAAAACGACAAGCACCAGCUUAUACAGCAGAAUCAAAAUUUAUCGAUCCGCCUCCGGGGCACGCGGGGCGGAGGUCAAGCAACAAGAUUUCUUGAUGGCAGCGCCGAUACUACUGCGGGCUCUAUUAGAGGCGGUGGCCUCGGUAGUCCAGGGUCCCACUCGCAGUCAACAGACAUGCCUCAGAGUUCAUCAGAAGGCACAUCUCCGAAUACUGUACCUUCGGUGAGUACUGUGCCCGACAUACUUCGUGGAUCGACGAUGCCGGAAUCGCAGCCGUUCAUACCACUGGACCCCCGUAUGCAAGGCCCAUCACCUGGCGUGGCGUCUCCGACGACCCAAGAAGAACGAAUUCCAUCAAUCGAUAUCCAAGAGGUUAUGCCUGAACUGGAAGGGAUUCGCGUGAGGACGAAUGCUGUCCAGAAGACGACAUUCACUGACGAGAAGCCACUCUCACCUCCAGUCGGGCUGAAAAAGCUCUCGCCAUCUACCGCAGUUAAGCACGAUCCGGCUCGCGUGCGGGUAGUGCCAGCUGAAUUGACCAAAGAGGCGCUCCAGGCUCCCGAGUCCGACAGGCUUACGAUGCAUGCUGGGCACACGCCAAACCACUCCAUGUCCCUGUCCCGUCUCCACACUGUCGAUUCUACUGGAGCAACUAACACAUCCAAUAGCUCUGGUACGCAAACCCCUAAAAAUCACCCAUUAGAACUCAGUCAAGGGAGCACUCUGGAACAAAUCUCGCACGAUAAGCUAGUAUCUGAUAUCGCCGCCAUCGAAACAUGUAUGGAGUUGGAUAUUAGCGAGCCCGCGGCCAACAGAAUGGGACCCCUACCCGUCUUGGUUCCACGUGAGCACGACCCGGAGUUAAAAGGGCCUUUGCAACUUAGAAAUCUCCCGGCUGCCGACGAGCCAUUCCUGAAGGCUCUGUCGGACAAACUUGAGCACGUCAUCACUAAUAAUCUUAGUCCGACUGUGCUCGAGGACCAGGCUUCGGAGCCGAAGGAAUUUCCUGAGCUAAACCGUGAGGAAACUACGAAGGCUAGUGGUGAUGGGGCCCAUGACACCCACGAGAAACCAGCUGAGGACGAAGAUGAGGAAAUUGAUAUUCCUCUCAAGCUGAAGUCGUCCAACAACUUCGGCGCACCUCUUGGACAGCUUCGGAAACAAGGAUUUUGAACGUUCCCCGUUCGUCGAUGUCGUUGAUGUAUGCAACAUCGCUCGCAAAUCACGUUCUGUGCACAUAAUAUUAUUAUUUCUUUUAUUAUCCAUCCUUCCUGGCGCUUUUGAUACGGUCAGUGAGGGCUGCUUGUUGGUUAAGCAUGGGGCACGCACCGCGAAGAUUUUACAUCGAUUUCCAAAUUCCCGAUACCCCUUGUCAAUUUUUUAUUGUCUGGUUUGCGCAAAGGAAAUUCUGGGUCGGCUUAGUUUAUGGUGUUUGGAACUCGAAGGACGACGAAAUUAGCAUUGGAAAAGGGCGCAUGCUAGGUGGAAUCAUCCCCAUAAUAUUUUAGGGGGCAGCGUUAUCCGUUUGGCUUUUCCGUUUGAGUGAUCAUUUUCUUUUCAAGAAGCAUUUAGAUAUGGCGAGCUUGAUUGAUUGGCAUUUGGACGGAGAAAGACAAAAAAAAUUGCGACAGACGGGACUUUACAUAUUGCAUUUUAGAUAUUUAUACCUGGGUCUUGACCCUGUCUUCAGCGAGGGCAUUGCAUAGGAAAAGGGGCUCUUUUUGAAAAUAAUUAUUGGUCGAGCGGAGACAUCCUUGGACUAUAAUAUCUGUGGCCAGGCAACUGGUCUUCGAAGUUCAAUACAAAUAUCAACAUUUUUCAUGUCAAUUUAUUGCCCGACUUGAGUAGUACGGCUCUUUGAUGUCCUUGA